CCGGAAGUGUUGCAUCUUGGGAUAAAACAUUUUCACGUGGUUUACAGCUUACAAACAAAAUGGGUCCACCAGGAUUUUCUCCAAGAGGCGGUGGCCGAGGUGGGUUUAGAGGAGGUAGAGGAGGAGGCGGCGGCGGCAGAGGCGGGGGAAGAGGUGGUUUUGGAGGAGGCAGAGGAGGUUUCUCCCCAGGAGGCCGAGGGGGUGGCCGUGGAGGUGCUCGUGGUCGAGGUGGCGGCCGUGGAGGAGGCCGUGGUGGUAUGAGAGGUGGCAGGAAAGUUGUAGUAGAACCACAUAGACAUAAUGGUGUAUUUGUUGUCCGUGGCAAAGAAGAUGCUAUUGCUACACUAAACUUGGUGCCUGGAGAGACUGUAUAUGGGGAGAAGAAAAUUGUUGUUGAGGAAGGAGAGAAGAAAAUUGAGUACCGCGCUUGGAAUCCAUUCAGGUCUAAACUUUGUGCAGCUAUCAUUAGUGGUGUAGAUGGAAUUCAUAUGGGCCCUGGUAAGAAGGUGCUUUACCUUGGUGCUGCCUCUGGAACUACAGUCUCCCAUGUAGCAGAUAUUGUUGGCCCAGAGGGUUGUGUAUAUGCAGUAGAAUUCUCACAUAGGAGUGGACGAGAUCUGAUCAAUGUCGCCAAGAAACGAACCAAUAUCAUUCCCAUCAUUGAAGAUGCCAGACAUCCACAUAAGUACAGAAUGUUAGUUGGUAUGGUUGACUGUAUAUUUGCUGAUGUAGCCCAACCAGAUCAAGCCCGUAUUGUAGCCAUAAAUGCACACAACUUCCUUAAAAAUGAAGGCCACAUAGUCAUAUCUAUAAAGGCAAAUUGUAUUGACUCAACAGCAGAGGCUGCAGUAGUGUUUGCAGGGGAGGUAGAUAAACUGAGACAAGAGAAAAUAAAACCAAUGGAACAGAUCACCUUAGAACCUUAUGAGAGAGACCACGCAAUAGUCGUGGGACAAUACAG